AUGGAUGACGAACCUCCCAAAGCUCAUUUUUUCUUUGCUGAGAGCGAUGAGGAUUCGCUCGAUAUUGCUGACCAUAAGUCAGAUAUUCCUAAUAAUGUUCCGGAUCCAUCCACAAACUGCGAUGUCCCUCCUGUGUUAACGGACGGAGCCUCAAUUGAUUCCGCUGAAUUCACAAGAGCAGCUGAUGGAAAAGCCCCUAUUGAAGGACAUCACGAAGCAAAAUUGUCAGAGGCAAAUGUGCGGGAGGGAAUGAGUCGGGUCAUUCGUACAGGAGGUGGGUUGCGUGAAAAUGAGAUGCCGCUCACGAGAAUUGAACUGGUCCAUGCCGUGAAGAUAACCUGA